AUGGCGGCCGGAGCGUUGGUCCCCCCCCUUCGGGUUGACGUCACUACCGCUGGAGUCAGUCUCUUCUCCCUUCUUUUUUCGCUGUGCCUGCGCCCCUGGUCGACGUCACUUCCGCCAAAGCAGUGGCGGGCGAUUUCAACGGCGGAGAAGCACUAGAAGGGCAGCAGGGUAGACCUGCCAUGGCGGGAGGCGGAGGAGCGGGGCCGGGCGCGGGACCCCGGUGCCCGCGGAGGACUCGCUCCGCGGGGGAGGCGCUCCCAGGUGGUGCCGUUUCUUCUCUUCCAAGGCGCAGAUCUGCGAGGAACGUGGCGGCGGCUCAGUCCUUGUCCCUGGAGAAGCCACGCUUGGUGGCCAGCAAGACGGUGGCCAGCCCGCGUCCACAGCCAUUUGCCACACGGCCAAUAACUCUGAAAAAGAUUGUGCCACGGAGUCAGCAGAGAAAAGCAGCCGCCUCAACUCCCCGCCGGAGCCCUCGGAUCUCCCUCAAAGAAGACAAGGAGAAUAUCCCCGUGGGAGUUGCCGAAGGCAAAGGUCAAGGCAGCAAUGCCCAGAGAGGACCAGAGCCGCUUUGCCUGCGUGGAUCCUCUGACUCCCCGGCAGGGGCAGGCGUCCUGUCCCCAGUCAGCCCCCAAGCAGACGGAUCCCGGCCAGGCGACGAGCGGGACCUGGCCAUGGCGAAACGGGUGCGGCGCUCCUACAGCCGGCUGGAGCUCUCCCUGACCCGUAGCUUCCUGGAGGGCCAGGAAUCCCCUGGUCCCGGCCUCUCGGACACCUCCACGCCGAGCCACGGCCCGGGCAAGCGGCAAACCCUCUUUGGCUUCGAUCAGCUCCUGGCUCCGGGCGGCUUGGCCAGCGUGUCUCCGGUGAACACGAGCGCCCCCCUCAAGGCGACGGCGUCGGAAGCGGGGGCCCCCCUCGGGCCGGACACAGACAUCCCCGGCAUCUCCUUCAUCAAGGCGAUCAGGCGGCGGAAGAAGAAGAUGCCCCAGUUUGACAAGUCAGAGCUGGAUGAGUGGGCAGCCCAGAAGAACGCAGAGUUUGAAGAAGCCGAGAAAUUUGACCUCCUGGUAGAAUGAACAUGUUAAAAAAACAAGUUUCAAGUUUCUAGUCCCUAUGGUUGUGGUGAUCCGUUUGAAAGCAUAUGAGCAAUGGUUGCUGAAAUCUCCAAAUCUGCUCCAAAUUCCAGAGCCUAGCAUAGCUUCUCCCCUGACUAGCGAAGCCAGAAUACAGUGAGCAGAUAUGCUUAACUUUGUCAUUUAUCCAGCGUGCAAGGAGCAAAACUUGGAUUGCUGUUUAGAAUCUGUGUGGGGGAUUUGGGAUGGAGGAAGAGUCAGAAUGAAAGCCCGGGAUGUCUGAAAGUCAAGGCAAAAACCCAGCAUGGCUGCUUCCUCCAUAGAGAAGUAGAUGGCACCAAAACGAAAUAUUAGAAAAGUAUCCUGGGACAACUCAUGUUUAAAAGAGCCUUGCCUGUCCCCAUGUGCCAGGAGAAGCUAUUUGUCUUACGUGACAUGCUGCCAGUUGGGGGCAGAAGAAUCCCAACUCGCCUUGCCUGGAGAUAGUUUAUUUUUUUUCCUUGCCGCAAGUGAGUGGCUGUUUACAAGCCUGGCCACCUGUAAGCAUACCUUGUGGGAGGGGUUUACGGGAAAGGAGAAAACGUUGUGCACCAACCCGCUUUAAACCUUGCUAGUCUCUGUAGAAAAGUUGACAAAAGUAUUCCAAACUAGGCCUGUCUCUCAGGAAACCGUAGUUGAUUGAUGAAUUAAGCUUGCGUGUAUCUGCAUAGUAAUAAAACCUUGCUAAGUUACAA